UCUUCGGCGUCUGUAGUUACGAAGGUCGGUUACUUUUAUUUUGAAUAUAAUCGCCGAAAUUCUACUUUUGCGAAUUACAAAUCAGGUAUCGUCAGACUAUCGCGAAUUAAACCUGUUUGUGUGGUGAAUUUAGAGGGAAUUUUAAGGAGCUCCCUGAAGUCGAGACGAAGUUUUGAAGAUCACGACUGCAACGUUUUGAUUAAAGAUUCGAUCCAGAUAAUUUUGACGGAAAAUUGGACGCUGUGCAUCAAUCGAUGGAGCGAUUUGGAGGGUCACUGCCCGUAAAAGGAUACAGCGGUGAAUUGGCUGGAAAAAAACGAGUUCAACUCCCAGCAGAUCUUGGAAAAGGUUACACCUCUUAUGACUCAAGUAAUUUAUUUCACAGCACCCCCAAAACAAAGCCCUUAUCGUCGUCAUAUUCAACAACAUCACCAAGUGGCUACAAGACCAGAACAUCCAGUACAAGUUAUCAGACAGGUGUAAGCCCAUCUCGGUCACAGCGCAGUAAAUCUCCAACCCGCAGCACAAGCCCUGUCCGCCGACCAGUGAGUCCAAAUUUGCAAAGAGCCACAAGUCCAAGACUACACAACAGGUCUUUGUCUCCUAAUAGUAAACAGCUCUCUGAUGUUGAUAGUGACACGAUACAAAGGCAGAGGCGAGAACUUCAGUUACUCAUUGGAGAACUCAAAGAUAGAGACAGAGAACUGAAUGAUAUGGUUCAAGCUCAUCAAAAACAGAUAGUGGCUUGGGAGGAGGACCGACAAAGGGUGUUUGCUCUUGAGAAGCGAUCCUCCAGGCUUGAAAGUGAACUCAAAAGUAGAAGUGAACAAAUGAAGGCAUUGCAAGCAAGAUUAAAAGCCUCUGAAACAGAGGAAAAGAACAAAGGCAAAGAACUUGAAGAUACUCAGCUCCAACUUCAACAAGUUUCAGAACAUGCCAAUACGUCACUUCAUCAAGUGCAGGAACUUGAGGAAAAGAACAGUGCUUUAACGUCGUCAAUGCGGGAGUUAUCCAACAAUAUAGGACAGCUUCAAGCUAGGGAACAGGAGCUUUUAACAAAACUAAAACUGAAGGAUAAUGACAUAAUGGAAGCAAAUGUGAGCUUAGGAGAACUACAACAAAAGAUAAAACGACUCGAAGGAUUAUGUCAGGAGCUAAGGAAAAAUGAAAGCUCACUGAGGACAGAAAAAGACCAGUGGAGAGAUCAAGCCACGGCUAACAAACAUGAAGUAGAAAAACUACGAGUGGAUAUCAGUAAACAGUUUAGUGAUGCAGACGAAGUUCAAGCUGAGCUGGCAAAGACCAAGCAAGAAAUUUUAGUCUUGCAGAAGGAACUUUUCCUGGCAGGAGAAAGAGAGAAGAGGAAAGAUCAACUGCUUGAUUUACAAAAGUCAAAGCAAGAGAGAACGGACUCAGAGUUACAAAACCUACGACAGAUUUGUGAGAGACAACAACGUGAUAUUUCUUACAUGCAGCUUCAGUUACAAAGUUCUCACGAUAUGCUGUCCAAACAUGUCACGGAACCUGAUAAGAUGUCAGAAUUGGAGUCCAAUCCCCCGGAUGAAGAGAAGAAACCUCUAAACAGCUUUUACGAUGCGACGAGUUUUAAUCUCAAUGGAGACUACUUUGACAAUCAGGAUCAAGCGUCCACCAGGUCAACGGACUUUGAUGGUCCAGUGACAUCCAAAGGCAUUGAUGAGGACCUCGCAGCUUAUAUUCCAGGCGGUGGUGGAGUGUCCUCCCUUUCCAUGCACGCUACAGCCGGAAGUGACUUGGCUGACGACUUCGAUAACCUUUCCCAAGAUCCACUUCAACCUCCAAUAACUUCAGAAAGAGGCUUCGCAAGUUCAAAUGUUGACACCUUCCUUCCUCCGAGAAACCCAUCUUACUUCAGUACACCCAACGCAAGCACCGACAUUUACCCACCAUUAGGUAACCUUUCUAUCACAGGCGUUCGACUAGAGGACCACAGCACCUUGUUAUCCUUCUCGCCUGGGAGACCGGUGGAAAUGAAUUCGGGGACAACUACGAGACCUGGGGACACUUAUUCCCCUUUCUCAGCUGGGGUAUCUCUGACGAAGACCUCUCCUCCUAAGGCGGAGGGGGACGCUUCACCGACCAGUAAACUACAUCGUCUGCUGGCGGAGUCUCGACAAAUGGUUCAAAACCUCGAACAAUCCUCCACAUUCUCUCUGACCGGAAGUCCAAAUCAGGACUCCACGGUUCCCACAAGUGAGCAGUAUACACCGCCGCAAAGACAUAUGGGAAGUCCACUACAUUCGCGUCCAAUACCAACUUCCACUGAAUGAAAAGGUAAAUUGUUCACAGUGCUUCUGUGCUUAAACUUGUUCACAUCGGCAUUAUCCGUACACCUGAUUCCUUACACAUUCGGAAUAUCAUCGGAAGACCCGAACACUUCCGUAAAGCCAGGCUUGACCGCUGGAAUCAAGAUGGUGGCGAACAUCAAUCCACGUGAAGCUAAAUUUUGUUUCGAUAUAGAUAGUAUAGCUUGAGUUACAAUUGUUUUAAACUGUACAUAACGAAUGCUGACUAUUAACCUCACUUAUUUUGUUUUUAUUUUUGUUUAAAGAAAGAGAAAAAAUUCAUCCGUACAAAUCGAGUUUAAUUUACCCUUUUUCUGUAACAAAAAUAGAAUGCAAAUAUCGGAUUUAUGUCUGUAUCUGAGCAACUGCGCAACUACCCCUCCCCUAACCAAAUAACAGUCAGCUGAUAGCAGUGGGAGGGGUGGGUAGGUGCGCAGUUGUUCAGAUACUGAUAUCUUUGUUUAGUUUGUUUUUGAUAUUUUAAUCGUGAUCGAGUGAUGUUGAGAUGGGGGUGUAUUUCAUUUUGAAUAUCUCGCCUUUUUAGAUUUAAACGAAUGCGAACGAACUCAUUCUGUUCUGCGAGACAGUUUGAAAAGUUGUUCUCCUGCGCUUUGAGUUCCAACUGUUACAGGUCAAGUGAUAAGUCAUUCCUACUUUGAAACAAUAUACAUUGCAAAUGUUUAAUACUGGUAUUGUAAGUUUGAUAUUGUGCGAAACAAUUAGCACUCGUGUUCAUCUUGCGCAGCAUGUCACAGCUUUUUGCAGCAGAAGUGGUUAUACUCGCAGAAAACGCUCUUUAGCUUCGGAGUCAUCCAGAGUAUUUUUUUAUUAUUAUUAUUAUUAUUAUU